ACACUAUUUUUGUAAGAAACUCUAAGUUGUCAUCUACCAUCCUUAGCUACAUCCAUAUACUGUAUUAUAUUAUUAUAUACAGUAUACUAAUCCCCCUAACUAUAAAUAUAUACAUAAUUAACCUAUAUAUGUACCUAGACACACCCCUCUCCCUUUCCCUCUCCUUCCUCCUCUACUAAGAUUUUCUUGGGACCUUACAUGCUCUAUUGGUAGUAUUCGCAUAAGUUGAAGAUUUCUACAUUAAAAAUACAUAUUAAGCUAAAGAUUUAUUCAUAUAAUGGGUUUGAAAGAUAUCGGAUCCAGAUUGCCACCGGGGUUUCGGUUUCAUCCAAGCGAUGAAGAGUUGGUUUGUCACUAUCUUUGCAAAAAGAUAAGGGCCAAAUACGACCAAGGCGAUGUUGAGGAUGAUGACACUGAUGAAGCCUUGAAUGGUGCUACUGAUCUUGUGGAGAUUGACUUGCAUAUUUGUGAGCCGUGGCAGCUUCCUGAUGUGGCAAAGCUGAAUGCAAAAGAAUGGUAUUUCUUCAGUUUCCGCGAUAGAAAAUAUGCGACUGGAUAUCGUACAAAUAGAGCGACAAUAAGCGGAUACUGGAAAGCAACAGGGAAAGAUCGGACGGUGAUGGAUCCACGAACAAGCCAAUUGGUAGGGAUGAGGAAGACACUGGUCUUCUACAGAAACAGAGCACCAAAUGGGAUCAAAACUACUUGGAUCAUGCACGAGUUCCGUCUUGAGUGUCCUAACAUGCCACCUAAGGAAGACUGGGUUUUGUGCAGAGUGUUCAACAAAGGCAGAGACUCAACACUACGAGACAAUAACAAUGAACAUCAGACGCAAAGAUUUGAAGUUAAUGACGCUCCGGAUCUUAAUUACAAUAAUCAGUCGCAGCCUCUACUAUCAUCCCCUCCUUCCACCACCAUCGACCCUCCACACCAUCAUGAUCAGUGGGAGCAGCUAAUGAAGCAGCCUUCAAGGAGCACCGACCAUCCAUAUCAUCACAAUUGUCAACAUCAAACCGUAGCAUGUGGUUGGGAGCAGAUGAUGAUUGGUUCGAUGUCGUCAUCGUCAAGCCAUGGCCCUGAUCACGAGUCCUUGCUAAACUUGCUCUACGCCGACAACAACAACAGUGUCAACAUCACUGAUGAUAAUUAUGGACAUAACUAUGGGAAGAUAUUGCUGUCGUCAGACAUCACGAGUUUGGAUCAUGACAAGACGUGUAUGGCGUCAUCAUCCGAUGGUGGUAUGGUCUCUGAUCUUCACAUGGAAUGUCGUGGCUUGAGUUUCGAGACCGAGAAUCUCCUCCCUUUCCAGUGAAAACAUACUAUACGAAGGUUUUUACAUAUAUUCGCCGAUUUAUUGAUUCGUGAAAUAUGCAUAUAUAUUAUCUAUAGACUUGUCAAAUAUCUUAUAUGUAAGUUGUGUGGCUUUUGGGUAUAAGAUUUGUGAAACUAGCUAGGUUAUUUAGGAGGUUGUUAUAAAUAUAUAGUGUGCGUUUUUAGGUUAUUUCUUUUUUUUUUUAAUUAAUACGUGAACAUAUUUAUAC